AUGCUCACAAAACGACCUUUGAGAAUCGGCAAUGUAUCGGGCGCAACGGGCGAUAGCCCCAAUGCCAUGCGACGAAUGGCGAAGGAUGGCAACGUCGACGUGAUUGUCGGUGACUGGCUAUCCGAAAUGAACAUUGCGUGGAAUGCCAUUGCCAAGGCCCAAGAUGCUUCACUCGGCUACGAGGCCGGCUUUCUCGUCCAGCUGACCGAGUCCAUCGAUCUCAUAGUUGAACGCGACAUUAAAGUGGUCACCAAUGCUGGAGCAUUGAAUACCGCUGCUUUGGUGGCAGAGACACGGGCAAUGUGUCUGGAGCGGGGACAUCGUGAUAUUAAGAUUGCGAUGGUUUUAGGUGAUGAUAUCUCGGAUUUGAUCAAAGAUUCUAAGACUCGCCGCAGCUUGGUUCAUUUGGACCAUGUGGACUGGCAAUUUGAGGACUGGCCUAUGGAAGCCCACUGCGGCGUAGCGUACAUCGGCGCGUGGGGAAUUGUGGAAGCUCUCAACGCAGGAGCCGAUAUUGUGAUUUGUGGCCGAGUGACCGAUGCCUCUCCGGUGAUUGGAGCUGCCGCUUGGUGGUAUCAGUGGCAUCGAGAUGCUUGGAAUAGUCUAGCAGGUGCUUUGGUUGCAGGCCAUUUGAUUGAGUGCGGUCCAUAUGUCACUGGAGCAAAUUUCUCAGGAUUCAAAGCGCUGCUCCCCAAGCUCGUUGAUCUCUCAUUUCCCAUCGCCGAAAUAAACGAGGACGGGACAUGCGUCAUUACAAAAUGCGAACAGUAUGCUGGCGCAGUCACCAAGCACAACACGACAGCCCAGUUUUUAUAUGAGCUUCAAGGGGAGGACUACCUGAACCCAGAUGUGGUGGCCAAUCUCCGUGACGUUCAAAUUCAGGAUAUUAGUCCAGACAGAAUCCGCGUCUGUGGCAUAACCGGAGUUCCUCCCCCAGCAACGACGAAAGCGAUUAUUGCAGCCCCGGGUGGAUACCAGGCCGAGGCAACAUUCUACAUCAACGGGCUUGAUGUUGCCGAGAAGGCAGAGAUGAUGCGCAAUCAGCUUUCGCAUAUCUUCCGGGAUCAUCGGUUCAGCAAAUUGUCCAUCGAGCUAUAUGGCUCGCCUGCAGUGGAUCCUAAGAGCCAGCAAGCUGGGACAGUAUCGUUGCGCGUGUUUGCGCAGGCCAGGAAAUUGGAAGACAUCUCCGCAUCGAAAUUUAAAAUUCCUAUCUAUGCACUGCGGAUGCAAAGCUAUCCCGGGUACCACAUGAAUCUCGACUUCCGUACCAUGGACCCGAAACCAUUCAUGGAAAUCUUCCCGGCCACGAUAGACUGUGGUCUUCUCAAUCACCGUGUUCAGAUUUUACCCGAAGGACCCGAGAUCCGAGUUGACCCUUCGCCUUCAACAACAAAACCCAUACUGCGCCCAUCCUACGAAACCCUCCACCCGACACCACUGUCCACGUUUGGACCAACACAACAAGCCCCACUGGGAAGCAUCGUUCACGCCCGAUCCGGUGACAAAGCAAACAACAGCAACAUUGGCUUCUUCGUGCGAAAUGAAGAUGAAUACCCGUGGCUGCAAUCUUUCCUGACAAUUCCUCGGCUGAAAGAGCUGUUUGGCGAGGAUUGGCUCGAGAAGACCGACGAUGGGAUCGAAAGACGUGUGGAACGAUGCGAGUUUCCCAACAUUUUGGCUGUGCAUUUCAGGGUCCUGGACUUUUUGGACGGGGGUAUUGCGAGUUCUAGUAGGAUCGAUGGACUUGGUAAGGGGGUUGGCGAGUACCUGCGCAGCCGUGUUGCCCCGAUCCCCGUCAAGUUCUUGGAGAGGGGGCAGAUUUAG